CGCCUCUCCUCCCGCCCGCCGGCUCCCGCCUCGCCCCCGCUCUCCCCGCCCGUAGGAGCGCGGCGCGGAGCGGCCCGGGCUGAAAGCUCGCUGGGGGACGCGGGGCGGAGAGGGCGCAGGUGCGGGGCGGGCCAGGCCCCGGGGAUUGCGGGGGCCGGGCGGCCGCGGGCGGACAUGGCAGCCCCCGCUUCUUGAAUGCGUUCGGCCGCCCCCCCGCCGCCGAUGGCCGAAGCCUGGAGGUUGGAGGAGGACGAGGAGGAGCUGCGGGAGCUCGGGAGGAGGCACCGGAGGGUCGGCCUGAGCUCGGCGGCAGAUCGCUCUGAAAGAAAUAAACCAGACUGCCGCUCUUCAGGCCAAGGACCAUUGUCAUCCAUAAGAGCAGCAAUCAAGAGAUCACUCAUGAAUAGUGCACAUCAAAAAUGCCCUGUCGAAGAGCUUCUCGGACCUCUAGCCAUAGCGAACAGCAGAGGGAUAGAAGGCGUCCUGAAAUUACAAUAGUUGCUGCUGAACCCCUCCGGCCAUCCUCCUGGUUUCCAGGUGCAAGCCCUGUCGCUCCUCAGGGAUUAGGAUUCCCUUCUGCUUCAUCUCAUGCUCAGUGGAGGAGAAAUGAGCAUAUUCCAGCUGAGCUUCCACCAUCAUAUGAGCAAGUAAUAAAAGAAAUCAAUCAAGUGCAAGUCAAUACAACAAAUAACAAUAAUGCUGCUGCUCCUAGACAUACCACUACUUCUGCAACACAAACUGACUUUCCAGAGGAACUAAUUGGCCAUUUGCCAGGAAGUAAUGUAAAAACCAGUGUGCCUACACACUGGGAAUCUGCAGGCUAUCCAGGGCAGAGUCCUCUUAAACCUCCUAGGCCCGCAUCUCUCCUGAAUAGGUCUCCUUCAGAAAAUGAGAAUCCCUUAAUAGUCUUUGACAUUUCUGAAGGUCAGAGGUGCCAAGAAAAUCCCAAUGCUGUGAUACGUCCUGUGCCAAAGCCAAGAUCAAGAAGCAAUCUCAGACCUGUGGUCAAUAAUACUGAAAGUAAGAUAGACAAUGGAGAAGAAGUGAACCAGUCUACCACGAAAAGCCCGCAACCUCCAAUUCAGCAGUCACCUCUCUUAGAUGACAGCUUACUAGACAAUCACUUGGCGAUGGACAGCAUGAGUACAGAAAGGAGCCAAAAUAGUAUUGUUUCAAGGAUCAAAGUUUUUGAAUCCCAAGGAACUAAUGAUACCUCAGGAUUAUUAAAAAAGCCAGAAAUUGCCCCUCGUUCAUUUGCCCCAAGACCUGCUACUGCAAAGAAACCAGUAGUUGCUCCAAAGCCAGGGGUAAGCAGAAUUUCAGGAGACUGGGAUACAUGGACAGAAAGCAAAUCAACACCUUCCAAGGAAUUGCAGCCUCAGCCUGAAGUAGUUGGGAGCAGUGUUGUAACCAAACCUGAACUGCCAAAGAAGCCAAAACCUGGCCUUGUUAAAAGUAGUAGUACUGAUUUUCUUGAUGCGAGGAGUGGAUCAGAGAACAGCGAUGGACAAAAGAAAUUUCCUGUUCCUGCUCCAAGGCCUCUUGUUCCUAAAAAGUCACGUUAUGCAGAAAAUCCUGCCCUUUCUUUGGCCCCACUGAAACCAAUUGCUGCUCCUCCACGGUCUUCUGCAUCUGCCCAAGAAAAGGUUUUCAGGCCUCUGGGGGAAUUGUCACCUGCAGCCAACUCCUCAGCACCUGCUUUGCAAAGUAAACUAGAUGUGGAAGGAGAUCUGAUCAGUUUUGAUGAUGACGUGUUGCCCCUAAGUCCAGCUUGCGUAGUUAAAGAUAGCAUCAGUUCUGAGGCAGCAGCAGAUCCAUUUCAAUUCCUCCCUAAAAGUGAACCUGCAAAGGAACAGACAGCUCAACCAGCUUUAGCCCGGAAACCCACUGUGAUCCGAAUCCCAGCUAAACCUGCAAAAACUUUAAAUGAAAUCCCACACAGCCCUCCACCACUUCCUGCUGAGAAGCCCAUUGGGAACACCGCUGAUACCACGCUGGGAAAACCCAACAGUACUGACCUAGUAAAAAAAGUGGAGUUGGAUCAUUCGGAACAGGGUGGAGUGCCUCAGCUAGAACCAGCUGUACUACCCCCAAGGCCUGUGGAUGGAAAAAUUGUACCUGCUCGACCUCCCCCACCUAAAGGUGCUCCUGGAAGGCCACCUCCACCAAAACUCUCUGCAGCCAAGACCUCCUUCCAGAAGGAUGCUCUUUCACGAUCUACUUCUAACAUCGCUCUUGAUAAAAAACCCAGCAAGUUCAGAUUGGGACCCAAGAGAGCAAAAAGUCAAUUCUUCAAAAAUCCAGAUCCAGCAUUACCUCCUAGACCUAAACCAGGUCAUCCUCUCUACAAUAAAUACAUGCUACCUGUGCCUCACGGAGCUGCCAAGGAAGACUGUCUUCCCAGGAACUCUAGAGAACUGUCCUGUAAGGAUUCAAACCGCCCGCCAAAAGGUCCUGACACAAGCGCACCUCAUGCUGUAGUCCUGCAUGAUUUUCCUGCAGAGCAUGCUGAUGACUUGGACCUUCAUUCUGGAGAAAUCGUUUGUCUCUUGGAGAGAAUCGAUCCUGAGUGGUACAGAGGAAAAUGUGGGAAUCGCACAGGGAUAUUCCCUGCCAGCUUUGUUAAAGUAGUUAUUGAUGUUCCAGAAGAAGGCAACAGAAAAAAAAUACCUUGUUCAUCGCAAUGUAUCAAAGGCCCAAGAUGUGUAGCACGAUUUGAAUAUAUUGGAGAUCAGAAAGAUGAGCUCAGUUUUUCAGAAGGUGAAACUAUUGCCCUUAAGGAAUAUGUAAACGAAGAGUGGGCCAAAGGAGAGCUCAGAGGUGCAUCUGGAAUUUUCCCCCUGAACUUUGUGGAAAUAAUUGAAGAUCUGCCUGGAACAGGAGCGGCACUGAAGAACAAGGUGGAGGUUUCUUCUUCCCUUCCUCAGACCAACAGGCACUCGGCAGAGUGGUGCGAAGCGCUUCACGAUUUUACAGCAGAAACCAAAGACGAUUUAUCCUUUAAAAAGGGAGACUACAUCCAAAUACUGGAGCAAGUCGAUUCGGAGUGGUAUAGAGGAAGACUGAAUGAAAAGGAAGGGAUUUUCCCAGCGGUUUUUGUUCAGAUCUGUUCAGCGAGGACAGAGCUGUCACAGUCUGUAGGAGCAAAGAAAGGAAAAGCCAAAGCUCUUUAUGAUUUUCAUGGAGAAAAUGAAGAUGAGCUUUCCUUCAAAGCGGGCGAUACAAUAACAGAGCUGGAAUCUGUGGACGAGGACUGGAUGAGCGGAGAGAUACAAGGAAAGUCUGGGAUAUUUCCCAAGAACUUUGUUCAGAUUUUAAAAACACCGUGAAGCGUUGCCUCUCUUCGUACUCCCUGCACGUGGGAGGGAAUGUUUUCUAUCCUAAAGGCACAGCGAAGACAUCAACGUGUUUUGACUAUCAAUGUUUUGCACUACUUUUUCUAGGCAGUCAUCCUAGUGUCUUGAAGUCAAAUAAGAAAAUUUCAGUCUUUUUGUGACAGUGUAUGUAGUCAUGCUUCAUGAAUGCUCUGAGAGCAAAUACAAGCAGGACUUCUAGCUGUCUCUGACGAGGGAAAUACUGUGGUGCAACACCAUUUUAACUUAAAUAGCAUUCUAGUAUGUUUACUAUCUGGUAUUACAUGUAUCAUGCACAAAGUCUGUAUAAAGUAAGCUUCUUUGGGCUUCUUUAAAAACUUCUUAAAAAUCCAAAUUUAAAAAAUUGUUUUUAAGAUACAAUUACAGCACUCAGUAUAUAGAUCAAGUUUGGUAAUCGGGUUUCAUUAGUGCUUGACUUCCAUAUUACAAGUAGAAUCCACUUGUUUUAUGACUUAGAGGAUAAGGAAGAUAACUGAUAUUUCAUAGUAGAAAAAUAUCAAAUCUAAUACUGGUAAGAGGGAAAACUCAGAAGCAAACCCCUGCUGUAGUAUUAUUCUGUUCUCAGCCCAGGCCGCUCAUGCAGGAAGAUCACAAAAGUAUUUUGCCUCUUAACAAAUAAUGUUCAAACUGGUAUGAAUCUUUUGCCUUCCCCCCUUCCCCAAGGUUUAGAUAUUUCUACUGUUGUUCGAGCGCCGUCGCACCCCUGUCCCCCAGCUGAAGUUACUGUGACAGGCAGCACUUACUGAGCUCUCUCAGAUCCCCUCCAGGCAGUAGCUGCACUAUUCCAACUAUUUGCCCCUCCACCCUCUUCACGUAAGUGGAAAGCCAGUCUUCACUCAGUCUGCAUUUCAUUUGUCACUCGGGCACUGGAACAUACUUCAGUAACACCAUUCCUAGCCUUAACAUGAAGGAUAUUAUGCAGCCUUGGUUUUAGCUUUCAGCAGACACGAGAUUAGUUUUCAGUUUGUUACCACAUACCAACUAUCCUGAGCAGCAUUAGAAAUGGUCUGUCCAGGCCGUAAGGAAAACACGCCUGGCAAGAGGUUACUUCAAGAAGCUCUAACAAAGGCAUUUAGUAAAAACCAGUGGUGUGCCUUGAACAACAAACUCAGACAGACAGGAUUGAGGUAGCUUCACAUUAUCAUAGAAUGGUUGGGUUGGAAAAGACCUUAAAGAUCACUUAGUUCCAACUCCCUGCCAUGGGCAGGGACACAUCCCACCAGACCAGGUUGCUCAAAGCCCCAUCCAGCCUGGCCUUGAACACUUGCAUGGAUGGAGCAUCCAGAACUUCUCUAAGCAACAUGUUCCAGCAUCUCACAAUUCUCACAGUAAAGACUUUUUUCCCAAUAUCUAAGUUUAUAGUAAUAAUCUAAUAUAUAUCCAAAAAGACCAGGAUGCAUCUAGAUGGGUACCUAAGGAAGCGGGUGAGGGUGGCCCUCCUCUCCCCAUGCCCAGCACUUUGGUGACCAUCAUAGCAGGUAGACACAAGCUGACACCCAAAACUGAACUGAAGGACUCCCCCACAGCAGGGAAUGGUUCUCCAGUCUGGGUAGCAGAGCUCACCUGAAGCAAGUCCAAGGAACACGCAGCAGACAUGAGGUCCUCAGCACCACUUCCCUCUGCAGAGUCGCUGUUACGCCACAGUAUUUGCAUAUAUAGAUACAGGCAUUAGUCCUCUGGUUGUUUUUUUUUUCCUCUAGAAGCUUCAUAAACAUGAAGUGCUGGACAUUUAACCUGCAGCCACACCAUUUGCACAACUGGGGUAUGAAGAUCAUGCAGUUUUAAUGAGCUGAGAACUGGAUUUCUACUUUCAUGAAGGGGAUUAACAUUAUUAAAACAAUUAUAAAUUAUGUGCUAUUCUAGAAAGAUGGAAACACAACAAUUCAUAGAGCUAUUACUGCUUUACCAUUCCCAACAAGCCUAUCCAGAGCUCCUGUGGAACUUUAACCGAAGUCCACCUCCGAGGACAACCCUUCCCACUCUCCAAGCUUUCCUGGCAGGAGAUGCCAAGGUUUCUUAUUAUUUAUUCCAAUAAAACAGCCAUCUCCUUCUAGAGAAAUCCAAGGAAACAAAUAUAGAUAGAUAGCUAGAUAGAUAAAUAGAUAGCUUUCCCGACUCCUGCAAGCCCCCACUCAAAACUGUUCACCCAUAAACCUUCAGUGGCUCACCCUAUUGGAACAGGCUUCUUCCACCAUGACCUCCUCCCGGCACAACUCCUGACCCUCCCGUGCGCACAGCGGGGGCACAACAGCAGAACCAGGCAAAGCCCCCUCCAACCACCACACUACCCAGGUCCUGCAAAAACACACCGCAUCUUUGUCAUGGUGGACGAGGCUCAAGUGUGUGAUGUUUACUUACUGUUUUUCUCUGACAGUUUUCUAAGAUUUUGAUACAAGUCUCAGAAGUAGAACUGAAUUUUUUAUAUUUUUUUUUCCCAAUUUCCUCUUCCCUGUUUUUAUACCUAUGUAUUGACCAGUUGCUUUUGUAACUUCCACUGAAUGUUGAAGGUCAGUGCCUGGCAGUAGGUGAGACCACUCUGCUUUAUGGUCACCAUCUCCUCCCUGUUGGGCAGGGCAGGAAGAGCAGCAAAGCCUUACAUUCCGGGCAAGGAGUGCCACCUACAGGCUGCCUACGGUACUGCAGGCAGCUGAAACGAGCCUAUUUAUUAAAACCCAGAGGAGUCAGAGAUGCUCGGCUUUCACAGGAAGGGAUUUUCUUAAGACUUGAUGCCUAGUAUCACCGUGAAACUGCCUACGGAUCACAGCCUAAUAUCCCUAAGGUGUACAGUACACAAUCUAAAAAACAACAAACCAACCCAAGAACGAGGUGGAGUACAAAUGCGAACUGCCAUGUAGUAGCAAAUUUCAGCUGUAACCUUGAAAUUCAGCUACAUCCCCAUACAUCAGUGUGAUAAUAAAAGCCUCAUUUAUCAAAAUAUUUUCUGUUUGACCCACCCUCUGAAAAUAUCUUCAGGAAGACAUCUUUGUCCUGUGUACAAUUUAACAGUGUCCUAAAUAAAUCUCUGUUAAAGUCCAGUAAGUUUGUUAUGGUACCUCUGUAAAUUAAGAAUGUAUUUAACCAAUAAAAUUUUUAUAAUUAAGUCA